GAAAACUGUUUCCAAAGAAAACUCUUCCUAUCUUUCAGAGCGCUCUCGGCUGGAAUCAAAUCGCCGUUGCUAGUCACUGUGCCAAAUCCUCGUUAUCCUGAAGCAGAAUUGGUGUCUGCGCUAGGUGCCCUUUUACCUCUCUACACGCCACUGAAUGUUCGUGAGGAAGAGCCAAAUAAGAAGUUCGAACAACUAGGAUUACUACCAAUCCAGUCCGACCAUUUGCUAGAACUAGUAGAAGCCUUUGAAGCAGCAUUCACUGUAUGUCGUGAUGUAGGUGAAACUGGACCAGAGCGAAUGUCGCCACCCAAUGUUGCUAAUUAUGUGAAGUACCCGCUAAUGGCUGCAGUGAAUCGUGACGUUAAGAACACCUAUAUGAUGGUUGGCAAAGGUGUAACAAUUGAUACUGGUACGUUGUUGCGUUCUUCUGAUUAUGCCUUUGGGGGACACAUGUGGGGAAUGUGCCGUGAUAAUAUUGGCGCCAGAGCCUACACUACCGAUGAAGUUAUAAAAGCUCGAAGUGGAAAACGUAUUCAUAUCUACAACACCGAUGCCGAAGGACGUAUCACUAUGCUUGAUCCCUUAACUAGGGCUAAGGAAGAGGUGGUCCUGCUUUUCAGUUACUGAGU